AGGUAGCAGUUACAGACACGCACGAGCGGAAGUAGUGACUCCGCCUCCUCGUCCGGAACAGUGUCAAUACCGGGAGCUUAAACCAUUCAUAUUCAAAGGCGGUCAGUCGACACGGUGCGAACUGUAUUUUUACAAUUCAGAGUCCCAGUAGCUGCCGACGUUUUCCUCCGGUGACUCCAUUUCUCUCCUUGUCCGAGCGGACAGUUUUCACGUUGCAAGUGCAUCAUCUGGAAACAGCCAGCCAGCCAGCCAGCCAGCCAGCCAAUCCGAUAGAAGCCUCUACGAAUUCUUAUUCGCAAAGAAUAUUUAACGGCGACGAGAAAAAGCUGCGUCUCUGAACUGAACGAUUGAGAGAUUGUGUGGCCCUCGAGAGAGUGAUGUGGAGUGUCGAAGCAGUCUGCAAGGAUACAAUUUAAGAUGAAAUGCACCACAGCGAUUAUCCUCGUUGCUAUUGGACUCUGCUUCGAAGCUUCCUGGCAAUUGCCCAGUAAAUGUCAAAUAAAACAAUUGGCCAACGGGAAGGUUCGCGGGAGGUCACGAGGGAGGAUCGUGCGGUUCAUUUGCAACGAGGGAUUCAGACUUGUCGGCAACAGAUAUUCCACGUGUAUUCGCGGGAGAUGGGACACGCCGGCUCCCGUUUGCGUCAAUUCCGAGUGUCCGACGCUUCCCCUGCCGGAGCACGCGCUGCUCGCGCCCAAGUUCAAUGGCGCAGUGAUGACGUACUUUUGCGAGCCGGGCUACCAACUGAUCGGCACUUCGGAAAUUUAUUGCGACGGUCGCAACUGGAACGACACAGCCCCCCAUUGCAGAGACUCGACCGCCACGGCGCCGACCAGCUGCGAUUUCGAAAAACCGGAUCUCUGCUGGUGGGAAGAGGAUCCGACGCAUGACUUCGAUUGGAUCAGGCACAAUUUUCAGACCCCGAGUUGGCACAUAGGAACGGGACCUUCGCACGACCAUACUUUGGGAGCCGGAUACGAUGGAUACUACUUGUACGUCGAAGCGUCCGGCCGUCUCGAGAACGAAACAGCGAGGAUCUUUUCUCCACUGUACAAUGCGUCACUCACCCAGAGCGGAUGCUUCUCCUUCUGGUACCACAUGUACGGCAAGACCAUCGGAGCUCUUCAAGUCUACUUCAAACCGGAAACGUCGACCCUUCCUCAGAUGAUGUUCCGGAGACAGGGAAAUCAGGGGAAUCAGUGGCACCAUGGCCUCUUCAAUCUUCCCGCGAGCACCGUUAGCUUUCAAAUAAUAAUAGAAGGCAUCAGAGGCUCGAGUUACGUGAGCGACAUAGCAAUCGAUGACGUGGCGAUUUUACAUGGCGAUCAGUGCAUCAUCAAGAAUGAGACAUCGAGCGACACGACCGACGCGACCGCGAGCGACGAUCAGAUUGAGAUCGUCAAUGCUAUGCAAUCCUGUCGAGGAAGGUGCUUCGGUUCGAAUGCGUCCAGCGUGGUCCAGCCGAUGUCGAUGGAUCUGUGUCAGUGCACUGUCGACUGCGCGGAGAAUUCCCUCUGCUGUCCAGACUACGCAGAAUAUUGCGUUCUAGAAAAUUCAACAGACACCGACGGGACUACGGAACCGAUUCCGAGAACAGCAACAAUGGCGGGCAGCACUACGAAACGAAAGGAAUCGCCUGUCAGCGAGAAGCCGAUCAUCCCUACGAAGGAUCCCACCAAGAAUAUUAUUCCAAUAAUUCCCAAGGACGACAUCGACCCAGAAGACACUCCAAAUCCAUCUGAGAAACCAAAACCCGUAACUGAGAAAUCAAUAAUCACCUCGAGCACAAGAAAGUCCUUCGUGGUUUCCACAACGUCACGAAUAAUUACGUCAAAAAUCAUUAAUACUACAACGAGUCGUUCCAUAACGACACUCGACGACAAUAAGCCGGAAUAUCAGACUGACUCGCACGUGCACAUCGAGAUCGCGGAGCCGCUGCACGACGAGCCGUCGCCAUUGAGCCUCGCAGGAGUCGUCGGUAUCGUUAUCGGCACGCUGGCGGGACUCGCGAUAACCACUGUGAUAGCGCUGGUGAUCCUUCGCAAGAGAAAAAGCUACAAGAGAGGCGCCCAAGAUUCCGGACUGUCGGAGGACAGUGACGUCAGGUUUCUCACUUCCGACGAGGUUCUCGAUUUUACUCUGGCCAAGCCCAGCGAUUACGAGGAACUUUGACGAGUGUCGUUCUGACUCUGCACCAGUGAGUUUCGAAUUCUACAGUGGGACCGUCCAGUGCUGGAUUUUAGGCUGAGAUUUUCAGAAUCUCAAUGGAAUCGGAAGACGCUGAUGGAUUCCACGGAGCCAGGAAGAUCGACAUCGUACACGAUUUACAUGCACUCUACAGAUAUUUAGCCAAUGUACAGAUAGUCUAUGAGGUUCAGUCGUUGAGGUACUUUUAGAAAAGAAUACCUCAAUUGAUUCAUAUCAAGAUUAUGCGAAGCACGAAUGCUUAUCUGAUAAUUUAUACGAUCUUUCAAUAGUUUAUGGAAUCUUUCGUGCCCCCGGUUUAACGAUUAGUCAUUCAUAUUGGACAAACCUCCGUCUUCGUUAAGAAAAGCUCAUACGAAUUUGUAUACUCAAGUCCAUGAAGAAUAAUAGUUUUUACAACUCACCUACAUUUGCCAAUUUUAUGCAUACGGGGUAAGUGGUGGUCCCUCUGUUGCGAACGGACAGGCUGAGAUCGUUAAUAAAUUCUAUAAUAGUGUAACACA